CCUUGUGGCCAUGUAUCUGAUCGGCCGGAUCCUCUGCGAGUUGCGGCUCUCAGGCAGCCGCUCGCCCUCGCCUCCGCUGUCAUAGCGUCUUCCCGCUUCUUGGCCGGAUCUGGCCGAAUAUGA